UUUAGAUUAAUCAGUUUCUUUCAGUGAUCACGAUCAAGCCUGUAAUACAUCGUGCCCGUUCAUGGAAGCCAGCGCUCAGACUCCAUAUCUACGUCUCUUAGCUGCUGGCUCCAACGCUCGCGGUCAGCUAGCCAAUGGUUCUGAUGACGAUUCGCAUACUUUCAAAGAGUGCCGCUUCAUAAACUGCAUAGAGGGCAUCCUUCCUCCCAAUACGCUCGGGAUCUCGCAGCUUGUAACUGGAGCAAACCACACUCUCGCAUUGUUGGAGUUUGAUGACGGCCGAAGGGAGCUUUGGGGGUGCGGAGACGGACGCAAAGGGCAGCUGGGUCCAGAAUACAUGGAACAGUUGACAGAAUUUACGCCGAUCAGCAUGCCCUUGUACAAAUAUUAUGCUUCCCAAGGAUACACCUGUUGUCUUAUCGCUGCCGCUUGGGAGACAUCAUAUCUUGUUUUAAAAUUACCUUCCCGACCAGACGUGGUCAUCUCGAUGGGUUCGAAUGACUUUGGGGCACUCGGUGUGGGCACAAAACAAGCUACGGCAACUCCAGCUGUUGUUUCGUUUGAUCACCUCACCGUCGAGGGACGUUCUAUCAAUCCCAGUGAGCUCAUUUUCGAGUCCAUUGUUGCAGGACCUCGUCAUGUCGCUCUUCAUGUGCGAGCUGUUCUCAAUAAUGAGCAUAUGCUCAUUGGCUGGGGUUUGGCCAGACAUGGCCAACUAGGGGAUACGAAGAUCGUGAACUAUGACCGCCCUCAUAUCAUUUCCCUCGAUAUAUCUCCAGAUCCAGUGCAAACAUGUUCUCUCGGUCUCCAACACACCGUCGUCUGCUACCAAUCAGGGCGGACAACAGCCUUUGGGUCCAACAAGAAAGGACAACUCCAUAAGAUGGAUUCUUGGGGACGUGUUCGACAGGUUGGGUGCACGUGGAAUGGGACAUACCUUCUCAGAGACGACAAUGAAAAUACCCUUCUAUCCACGGGAAGUAAUGCUCAUGGUCAAUUAGGUCGGGAGUCACAAGUCGAGGAGAACGAGGUUACUGUUGGACCUGUCGAAUUUACCUUAUCCCACGAUGGCAAAUUGCCUUCACUAAGAUCCUUUGCUUGUGGCAGCGAACAUAAGUUUGGGGGUGGGGGGUGGAACGAGCACGGUAACUUAGGGCUGGACCAUACGGAUGAUGUGUCGAAGCCCAUCAAGAUCUGGCCAGCAGAAGGACACGCGCUGGACGGAAUAAUUACUCGAGUAUGGGCUGGAAAUGGGACCAGUUGGAUAUUGUUACAAACAUAA